AUGCUCAGGCUGGCUGCGGCUGAACGCUUGUUGCUCGCGUCUGCCGCUGCCACCGCCGCCGUCCACCACCACAGCCACAGCCACAAUCACAGCCACAGCCACAAUCACAGCCACAAUCACAGCUGCAUCAGCACGGCCAUGGAUUGCAGUGCCGCUGCUCGGCGCGGGGUCGCCAGCUGGAGCGCCAAUGCGGCAAUGCACCACUCCGCUACAACCGCGUGCGCUGCUCGAUCGCCAGCACAGACGCCCACGCCACUGCCACGGGCCCGCGCACUGCAGCAACCAGCACUGGUGCGAUUGCCAUGCACUGCUGAUACCCGAGCUGGGCGGCGGUGGUCGUCCACUUUAUCCACUUCUGCUCCUUCUGACGCUCGUCCGCCAACGACAACGCCGAGGGACAAGCUCAUGGAACAUCAGGAUAUGGAAACGUUGGACGAUGCAGACUUUUAUUCAAGCGGCGCUGAUGAGCACCUUGAAGCCCAUGGCCAUGAGCAUCCAGCCGCUGCUGCUGCUACUCCCCGUGCGCAGCAGAAUUUGAGCGAAGACAUGAUGGACGACGACUUUGCAGGUUACCCCAAUCAAAGCGACCCUGUCGUAGACCAAGCUCUAAUGGACUCGCAGUCAAGUCCACGCGAUAGGUCGAGCCAGAGAGAUCCAGCAGAUUCAGGUCGUAAGCGUGCAACCGACGAGUACUUGGCGCGACGAUCAGAAUCAACCACCUCGCGGAGACGGUCCUCUAGAGCAAGCUCUGAGUACGCGGCUGCCUGGGCGGAGCGGUUUAAAGCAGCUCGCGAGUUGAAGGAAGCGCAAAGACAAGCGGAAACCGAUUUGGCCAUGGAGGUCGAAGCGCGUCGCCGCGUGCAAUUGGCCUCCUCCCUUUCUCUCACCCCACAGCACGACUACCUGGGAAUAGAGUCCCGAAAGAUGAUUGCUGAGCAAGCUUUCGAGGAGCGCGAACUCUCCGUUGAGGGCUCGCUUGGCUUGGCCGACGUCCAUGCCCAUCAACGGCUCGCCUUUAAACGCCUGGACCCUUCCACAUCAUCGAGGCGACUGAGGAAGCGCUCUGCUUCUCGGGGACCCGACGUCGACCCGGAGGCGGCUUUGCAGCAGUUUGGCGAGGCCGUGGUCUCGAUUCGCCAGCACGCAGAGCUUGAACACGCUGCUGCGGUUCUCGAAGCGCAACGUGUGCAGCAAGUGUUGCAAGAACAGCAGCAAUUGGAGCAACAGCGGAGACACGCGCACUCAGAGUUGACUCCGCAACAGGCCAUGCAAGAGUCUGCGCACGAUCAUCAAUUCCCGGAGUCAAGCAAACGGCUCCCAUCCGAGCUACUAGUGACCUGGUUGGACCAAUAUUCUCCGGAAGCGCUAGACCUCCAAGAAAAGGCCAAAGCGUCAGAGCUCAUGCUUGCAUCCCUGAACAAGGGAAGCCCAAUGGACGCCAUCCCAUCCUCCUCCUACUCCUCUUCUUCCUCCUACUACAGCUCCCCCUUCAAUGCAGUGCCAGAAGAAGAUGGUGCUCUGCUUUCCGAUAUCACACCCGACCAGCGACUAAGGCUGGCACGAAAACUUGAACGCACACGCCAAGCUCAGUAUGCCGAAUCCAGCCUGGCCAGUGGUCGGGCGGCCGCUCUUGCGUGCGACAAGCGUCCUGCUGGUGUCGAAGUGCAGGUGCGUGCGCCCUUCUACUAUGGCCCGAACUCGCUGAUCCGACAAAUUCGCGACAGUUCGCAAAGACGUUUGUCAGUUCUUUCGGUGCAAAACACAUCUUUUGGCUCGGUGUGGAAGAUUGUGCUCCAGUUCUGCCAACCCGAACUCUGGCAGACACGGCAGCUCAUGACCUCGCUUGCGCCCUUAACCACCUUAACGAUUACUCCUCUCAAUACUCUGGAACUGUUACAGCACAAGCAAGCGGCCAACACUUCGGUCGCUGCGUUGGAGGUUGGUCAUCUGCCAGUCUCCGUCUCAGCGCUCGAUUUGCAGUCGUUCUUUGGCCACUUUGCUCUGGCACCUGAAGUGCCGAUCGAAAUCCGCCGCACAGCCGACGAUAGCCGGGCCAAAAUUCGAUUCGCGAACGCUUCGGAGGCGACGCUUGCCCACGCCUGGGCCGCCGGUCGUGUGUGGCCGACGUCGCAGGCGCGGUUGGGCGUGCGACUGGCUCAAGUGUGGAACAACCGACUCGCGUCGCUCAGUUGGCGCAUCGACGUCAAAACCAAGUCGCGGCACGUCGAGAACAUCAACGAAGCGACGUCCAUUGUCGAGCUCAAGAUUGCCCAGUUGGACAAGUCAACAGAGACCGUUCGCUUUGAACUCAACUCGGACCGCAUGCAAUUCCUUGUGGGGCAGAUCGAGGCGAUUGAAAAGCAGCUCUCGGCACAAGCAUCGGUACCAGUUGUCAAGCCGCUGAUCAAGGCCAAGCCAACGGGCCCUUCGGCUUCCAAGCCCACCGUCACCUCCAAGCCCAAACCUGCGCUGAAACCCACUCCAGCAAAGGCAUAG